UUUUCUCUUUCUCUUUGCAGGUAUGUAGCUGUGGAAUGCGGUGUUUAGGUGGUGACGUGUACAGUGUUGCAUCUGUGUGUCCCCUCGGCCCCUGUCUGCCUGCCGCUGUCCUCCCGCCCCUGACCUCCCGGCCUCCCGUGCCCUCUUCUCGCCUCCUCCAUCUGUCUGCUUGAUUUCUUGCUCUCAGGCCAUCAUUAACCUGUCCUUCUCUGUCUCCUCCUCACUGUUCAUCUGUGUUCUGGCCUUGUGCUCUUCUUUAACUCUCGCCUUUGGCACUUCCCUCCUAUGCCAUCCCUCCUCUGAUCCCUCCAUCAACUCCCCUACAUUUCUUCACCCCUCGAGUCGUCCGUCGGUCACGUCCGUGUUCAGUCACGUACUAAAGCCUUCAGGCACAAGUGUCCGUGGCGCCAGGCCCUCCUUUUAGCCACCUCACUAACUCUCCCGGCGAGUACAUUCUUAUAAGAGUAUCCUCUACCAGUAUUUGUUCCUCACAUACCGUGAACCAAUCGCUGCAGGGCUUGUAAUCAUUCUGACCUCGAUUAAUUCUAACCUCUGGUCAUUUGCGUCUUAAAGAACGUGAUUGCCAACUGCUGAGUCUCCCUCGAUGCAGUAUUCAGCGCGUCGGCUCCUCAGGGACGUCGCUGUCCAGCGUUCACCUCCAGGUUGAUAAGGGGACUUGCUGGAAUAGCGUCCCCGUUCGCCUCAGUCUCGGUGGGACUGAGGCCACGGCGAGUGCCAAAGAGAGGCUUAGGCUCCCCUAAGCCUGACCCUCGCCCCUUGCUUGUUUAUACAAGCCUUCCCAUCUCCCAUCCCCCACGCCCCUGUUCUCCCGCGGCUCCCCACCAUCAUCGGUUCGCCCGCCGCUCCCCGUCCUUCUGUCCACAAGAAGUUGCCCCAAAGUUAAAUAUAUUAUUGAUUAGCAAAGCGACGACGUGCGCCUCCCUCCAAUCUCCCUCACAAAUAAAAUUGUUUACAACUACUAACUCACUCGUUCAGAUAUAUCAGGAAGCACACCAUAAUAUUGAAAUGUUGUGUGAUCACUAUUUGUCUUAUUGUAGAUACUGAAGUAGUAUUGGUCAUUGCACAAAGUGUGUUCUUAGCAGGAAGACCGACCCCUCCUGACAUGUAAGGUGAAAGUUUUGUGGACAAAGUACACAGUACGGACGUCAAGUUAAGAUUGACGAUAAGUUUGUACAGUUACUCAUUACUUUUUCACGGCGCGUCCACCCCGUCACACCCUCACAGCAGAGCAAGGUGGCCAGGCAGCCGCGCCUCAGGAAGCUUCAGGUGACGUUGAUGAGCCGCAGCGUAGAGGUCAGGCCGUGCCGCUGCCCUGCUCCAGGCUGGUCCUUUGCCUCCCUCACACCUCUCACUCAUCCCAUCAUCUUCCUCCUCCACAUAACUCCUUCCUCUAGUCCCACCCCCGCCUAACCCAGAGGCCUAGCUUCAGUUUCUGCUGCCUUUCCGAUCUCUUCUCUGUGUCUUUUCUUCAACCCCUGCCCGCCUCCUCCCUUCGUUGUGUGUCCGUGAGCCCUUCACCGGUAACCCUGUGGUGGUCGGGCUGGGCUCCUCCGGGCUCGUGCCACGGGUGGGCAGGCGUGGUACGGCCCCCACAGCAGCACAUCCGUGUGCAGCACCCACAGGCAGCAGCCGGCCAGCAGCAGCAGCAGCAGUGGCAGCAGGCCUGGCACACACCGCAAGCUGUCGUGUGGCGUAGUCCCGCCCUACACCACCACCAUGGCCGCUCCAUGUAAGUAUGGAGCGGCCCGUCCAGCACCACCCCGCUACGCCCCUACGCCCUCACCCCUCACACCCACUCCGCCCUCAUCCAUGGACUGCGAGAAGAUCAGGCUGCCGGAGAACCUGGAAAGCAUCCCUCGGGCAGACCACAUCCCCAGCCAACGCCACCGCUGGAACACCAAUGAGGAAAUUGCUUCACUGCUCAUCAGCUUCGACAGACACACUGACUGGCUUUCCAAAGAGGUCAAGAUUAGGCCCAAGAGUGGUUCCAUGCUGCUGUACUCCAGGAAGAAGGUUCGCUACCGAAGGGACGGCUACUGCUGGAAGAAGAGGAAGGACGGGAAGACCACACGGGAGGACCACAUGAAGCUGAAGGUCCAGGGUAUCGAGUGCAUUUAUGGCUGUUACGUGCACUCCGCCAUCCUGCCCACCUUCCACCGCCGCUGCUACUGGCUGCUGCAGAACCCUGACAUCGUGUUAGUGCACUACCUCAACGUGCCCUACCCUGACGACAACAAACUGGUGAUGGCGUCCAGCAUAUCUCUUUGGGCCGAUAAGAAGGAGUGGACCAAAGAAGAGUUGAUCAGUCAGCUCAAGCCAAUGUUCUUCAGCGAGGAUGAGCCGGACCUCAACAACGAACUUGAGAUAUCGCCUUCAUGUGGAGGCCGAGUGUACAGCCAGAUCAGCAAGACAGCUGAGACAGUGGAGGCCAUUGUGGCCCAGCUCAUGGAGAAGCAGCGCGUGGCACGAGCAGCGGCAGCAGCAGCGGCUGUGGCAAACAAGAGUGGUGUUGAGUGCGGCUGUGGUGCAAGUGUUGGAGCUGAACACAGCAAACAGUGUACUCUACAUCCACUCCGGCGUCUGAGUGUGGCCAAGCUGCCCCACCACCACCACCACCAUCACCACCACCACCACCAUGAGGGACCCAACACUGUCACUUCAUCCCGCCAGACACUGGUGGCCAUGCCAGCACCCUCAGACAGUGACACAAACCAGCAUAUCCACAACUUUAUGCAUAGCAAAAUUCAAACAAACACCAGAAGCCAGUAUCAACAGGCUCUCCUUUCCGCUAGACUCCACCAAAAACUUACGGUAUCGUCAACGAGUGGGCCAGGUGGGUGCGUCACCCCCCAGUACCAGGGCGUAACUCAGGAGGGGGCCUGCCCACCAGAGCCCCCACCCUCUACCAGCAACACCACUAAUAACAACAAUAAUAACAACAAUAGUAACAGCAACACCACCACGUCCAACAACAAUAACAACAAUCUGAACACCACCACAGCCCCGCUAAUCCUAAACCUGUCCAACAUCCAGGGCGGGGGCGGGCUACUCAUCCUCAACAGUGGGGGGGGUGGCGGGCACCACCCAUCUCCACAUCCCCCACUGGCUGGCCCCCUCACGCUCACAUCUUAUCUGGGUCAGCCUCAUCCAGUGUCCACUGCAGCCUCCAUCAUCCAAGGACCUCCUCUCGUCCCUCACUCGACCCAGGUUGCACAUCUUCACCACACCCAUCACCACCACCAUCACCCACAGCAACACCACUUACACCAGCAGCAGCAUCAUGCCUCUCAGCACGGACCACAGCAACAGCAACAACAGCAACAGCAACAGCAGCAGCAGCAGCAGCAACAGCAGCAGCAACAACAGCAGCAGCAGCAGCAGCAGCAAGGUGUACCUACAUCUACACAUAAUGCCAAUCUCUUGGUUAAAAGGGAAGGUGAUAAAGAUGUAAUGGAAAGUCUCAAAUUGGAUGCUACAAAUGGCAAUAUUGCCAUGGAUUCUGGCACAUUUGCCAAUCUUGUAUCAAGUCUUGAGGCUGGAGAAGCAACAACAAAUCAGCAACAGGAACAACAGCAUCAACAGCAGCAACAACAGCAACAACAACAACAGCAACAACAGCAGCAGCAGCAGCAGCAGCAACACCAGAAUCAAUCCCAGCAGCAACAACAGCCAACCAAGGACACGUUUCUUAGCAUUAAAGCUGAAUUGAAUGAACUUUCAGUUGAGAAAGCUGAAUUAUUUUCUAAUACUCUAGAUCUCUCUCCUGAUGAUAUUCAGAAAACUCUCUCAGCAAAUCUUCCCCCGGGGUCGUGUGGCCGCAAGGCAUCCUCCACUGCCGAUGUCAACCCCAUGGACUUUAUAGAUAAUGACAUGACAUCACCCGAGGAUGACGUUCUGGCCAAUCUUGAUGCUUUUGAUAUGCUGAGUGAUUUUCCUGAUCUGGAUCAUUAUGACACAUCCCCUCCAGAUAACCUGAAUAGUAAUAAUAGUAAUAGCAGCAGCAGCAGCAGCACAAACAAUAGUGGCAAGUCUGUGACAAAUCAGAGUCAGCAGACAACCCGAAUGGACUACAGGGAAAACACUGCUAACAUAACAGAUUACUCUCCUGAGUGGGCAUAUCCUGAGGGAGGAGUCAAGGUGCUGGUAACGGGGCCAUGGUAUAGCAGCUCUUCACCUUACACUGUCCUUUUUGAUGGUGUCCCUACAUCCACCACCCUUGUUCAGUCAGGCGUCCUACGGUGCUACUGCCCAGCACAUGAAGUUGGUUUAGUGACUCUUCAGGUUGCCUGUGAGGGUUUUGUUAUCUCCAAUUCUGUGAUAUUUGAGUACAAAAAACCUCCAUCCGAUGAGAACAAAGUCAAAGAGGAGCAGGUCAUACGGGAGCAGGAUGAACACCUGCUCAAAUUCACCCUCCUGCAGCGGCUGGAGACUAUGGAGACAAGGGUCCAGGUCUGCCCAGACAGCCAGAAAAGCCCAUCCAGUUAUGAAAAUGAUGUCAUGAUGCACAAAGCUCAUAACUUUGAGGAGCGAGUUGUGUCAUACUGUCAGAGGAUGAGUGGCAAGCAGUGGCUCAGCAUGGACCAUGGCUUUGCCUCUGGCCUGCCUGAGCUGCAUGGCCUCACUCUCCUGCACCUGGCAGCCAUGCUAGGUUAUUCUAGGUUAAUCGUUACACUGUUGCGAUGGCGUGAGGAAAAUCCAUCUUUGGUGCUGGAGUGUGAGGUAGAUGCCUUGCGUCAGGACUCCCGGGGCUGCACGCCUCUCAGCUGGGCCUGCACCCGAGGCCACCGCCACACUGCCCUUCUGCUCUACCGCUGGAACUCACAAGCAUUGCACUCCAGAAAUCAGCUGGGACAAACUCCCCUGCAGUGUGCUACCAUCAAUGGCCAUCAUGCUCUAGCAGAGGAACUACAACAGCUGGAUGGACAGAGGGAUCAAAGAGGCAGCUUGGAGGGACUUAACUUGUCUCUCUCAUCUUCCUCUUCCUCCUUGUCUCAGCUGUCCACCAACAGCAAUACCUCCACCACCACUUCAUGCAGCAACACCACAAGCCUCAGCCCUGGCUCCUCUGUGCUUGGAGUGGCCCACCACUCACCUGAUGUGUUUCUCCGACCUUCUCCCCGCAGAUGUGACUUCAAGAAGCAACGACACCUCAGUGUAGACCUUCCUCUCAGCAGCGAACAGGAUCCUGGGCGUCCAGUCAGUUGCCUGUCACCUGCCUCGUCCUGGAGCGACACUUCAGUCCGCCGUGGCAAACUUAUCAAGAGACCUUCAGUUGACUCUGGCAUUAACUUAGCCAAUGUGGACAAUUACAAGAGAACCAGUUUAGACUCAGGCCUUGAUAUUUUGCAGAAGUAUUCCAGAGGUGAUGGUUCCAGCCCCCAGGUGUCCACACCCUCCCUUACCCUGGACAACCAUGGAGAGGACAUUGUAGACUCUCCCAUGCCCUUCCAGUUUACUCCAGGUGGGAGCUGCCAGUUACAGGCGGAGGGAGAGGAGGAGGAACAUUCAUCCCUCAGAGGUGUGGACAGCAGCUAUGCAAGCCGACGGGAAUCCCUCAGCUCAGAGAUGGCUGGCCUGGCUGCCCCAGAUGAUAGUCGUGUUCUCACUCUUGCUGAGCAGAUCAUAGCUGCACUUCCUGAGCGAAUUAAGAGUGAUGGAGAAGAACUGAUGCAGCUAGAGUCCAGCCCAGUAUCAGCUGAUCCACCUUCAUCAGACCUGGACAUGGAAGUAAUCCUGGAUGAACCUCCAGACACCACACCUGAGUUCAACUUUGAGUUAUCAGAUAUUACAUCAUAUAGAUAUAUUGAUGUUGGUACUCCAAGCUCCUCCAUGAGUCCUGCCUCCUCCAGCUGCCUACCCUCCCCAGCCUCUUUCACCCUGGAGAGCCCCUCACCCCCACCCACUACAGCUGACUUCUCAGAGUUUUUCCAAGCCUCCACCAGAGAUUUUUCUCGAGACUUUUCCAAUUUAACACUGUCAGAUCGCGAGCAGCGGGAGCUGUAUGAGGCUGCCAAAACCAUUCAGAAGGCAUACAGGCUGUACAAGGGACGGAAACGCCUCCAAGAACAGGAUAAAGAAAGACAGGCAGCCAUUGUGAUUCAGAACUACUACAGACGCUAUAAACAGUAUGUUUACUUCAGACAAAUGAGUAGAGCUGCUACUUUAAUCCAAAAUCAGUUUCGUUCUUAUUGUGAGCAUAAACGUUUCAAGAAAAGUUUGGAGGGGAGCCAUACAAAUGUUAACUUUACUCUGAGAGGGUCACGGGAAACUACUCCCAUCCCUACAUUGAAGCGGACCUACUCCCAGCGACGACAACACCAGGCUGCCCGCAAGAUCCAACAAUUUAUGAGGCAGACAAAGCAAAAAGAGAGCGAGCGCAAGCGGCCGAAAGAGAGAAGGUGGGCCAGGGGUGCCAGGUGGUGGGUCAGGGGUGCCAGGGACCAGCAGUGGGGGGAGCAGUGGUGGGGGGGGUCGCAAUUCAGCAACCCCUCCCACCUCUUCUCCACCAGCUCCCUCCAGCACGGGCGGGCCCCUCAUCGGAGCACUCCCACCGCGACACAGACCCUUUACUCUCGAGCACAGCCCAUGCACCUGACCAAAAUGACCAUCAGGGCUGCCAUUGAAGCCAUCAGAUGGAAGAAUUGUCAAGUACAGAUGGACAAAGGCAAGUUAAUGCAAAAGCGCCUGUGCUCAACCAUUACCUGUAGGCGAGAGUUGACAAGAAUAUUGCGUUACUGUAGUGAUUCACCAGUACAGUGGACAGAACUUCCUAGGGCUCUGUGAUGUGCAAAUAGAGAAUUAACUGGCAGCCACAGCUGCAAGGACUGUGCAUUGAGAUCAACAAUGCCAGGAUAACAAACUCUGCCACUGUGUGCUCCAGCUCUACUGACCUUCAGCAUUAAAAAGCAUAAUUUGCAUUGUAAUUUGCCUAUCCAAUUGAGAGCUACAUAGUUUUAUUGCAUCUUAUUUUUUUUGUGCAUAGUUUUAUGGCUAAUUUUAGCAGAAAGCGAUCAAUAAUUUGUCAGCAUUUAGAACAAACUCAUCUAGAGCUACCAACACUGCCUAUGAUUAAUUUGAUUGGAAAAGGAAAUAGACAUGAUUGCGUUUGCCCCCAAAGAUUAUAAUAAGAGACAUGAAGGCAUAAUAUGAGGCUUAGUUAUUUUUGUCAUAACAGAUUACAUAUACUGUAUUGUUGAUUUUGAUUGUCUACCUCAUUUGAAAAGUAUUCCUGUUAAGGUGGCAUGAAUAAAGUAUCCAACUUUCUCAUUAUUGUCCACUUUAACAGUUGUGCACUCUGUAUCAUGUAUAUUCAUACAAUAGUUGUUAUAAACAAUUGUUCCUCUGUUGAACAUUUGAUAAGCCAGAGCUGGAUUAGGGAAGAUUUUGUGUGAUAAUUAAGCAAUGCCAAUCACAAACUGUAGGUGUUGUGUGACAUCUGAGCUCAUCACGCUUUGAUAAGUUAAGUGAGUGAGCUCGUAAGACUGCAUGCGAACAUCCAGAAGGGCUUUGUGAUUCGCAUCAAUUACUUGUUAGGGCUGGUGUGGGGGAUGCUAUGAAAGACAGUAGAGAAUUAUUUUAAUCUUCACUAUUUUCAAGCAUUGUACAAAUUAUUCCCAUGCUUCAAGAUAGCAAGACUAGUGCAUAAAACUGGAAGGCUUAUAUGGCAAUAAUGAUGCAUAAUGUUAUUGAAGAUAAGUUCUUCCAUAAUAUUCCUUUGGCCUUAAUAUUUGUUUGAGAAUAUGUAUUUAAAGUGUUUAUAUAUAAUUACAGUUGUCAGAUGGUAACUAUUUUUAAAAUUGAUAUACUUGAUAUUCAGUGUCAUCAGAAUAGAUAGAAGGUCUUUCCCUUAUAUUUUGACAUGAAUUUCUUAUAUGCUUAGAAAAAAAAAAAAGAUAAUAGCUUGAGCUAUUGUGCUUUCAGUGAGCAAGUUCUGUAGGAUGUACAUGAGACGUUAUGAUACACAGGUGUGUGUGUGUGUGUGUGUGCGUGUGUGAGAGAGAGAGAGAGAGAGAGAGAGAGAGAGAGAGAGAGAGAGAGAGAGAGAGAGAGAGAGAGAGAGAGAGAGAGAGAGAGAGAGAGAGAGAGAGAUAAUAGGAAAAUUUAGUUACCUGAUAUUACUUCAGCCAUUCAGGGGUGUCAGUGAGUGUGACCUUCCAUGCACACUACUGAGCAAGGCUGAGAGAGAAGAGACAUGAUACUGUUAAUGCUACGGUACAAAACAGUCCAGGGUGGUGGAGGGGCCACCCUCUGGCACCAUAUGUGCAGUGUGUUGUGGUUCACAGUUGAGGCAGGUCCUCCCAGCACCACAGUGUCCUGGUUUGUUAUAGUUCAUGGCUUACCAAGACAUUAUAUCUAGUCCCUAAAAGCCAUCAACUAGUGACCUACCUACCAUUUUCUACUAGAUGGAUAUUAGAUAGGCAUCUUGCUUUUUAUCGAACAUAGAGAAGGGAAGUUCUUAUCAUUCUGCAAUGCUUGAUUCAAUCUUCCCUUUCUAAAUAUCUAUUUUUCUUGCUGGAGAACAGAGGUACAUAUAAUGGGCCAAGUACAUUGCUGGACGCGAGACCAGGCUUAGGCCCACAUAUAAUAGUUUAUUAUAGCGAUAAUUUAGAAAUAUCCCAGCUUUUAGAGUCAGCAUCUCUAGGUUCAAAGUAUAAGCUUAUUUUCUUUACCUAAUUUACUCUUUGAGCCUAGAGAUGCUCUCAUUCUUGAUUAAUCUCCGAUACAAUGUAGAUAAUAUUUACUCCUGAGAGUGUUUUGCAUGAUGUUUGACCCCAUCCUCAUGAUGAGCUGUUUAUUUUUAAAUUUUUCCCUCUCUGGAGAUUCUAUGCUUGGCAGAGUGGCACAAUAAUAUAAUGAAUUACAUUGUAUAUGAGAUAAUAAAUAUAAGGGUAAGUUUAUAAAUUACUGCCAACAAAAAGUCUCAAAGUCCAAAAAGUAUUAUAUACCAGACAUCCAAUAGCAACUACCAUAUUUUCUGUAAUUAAUGGAAUUUGUAUUCAUGCAUAUAUAGGAAUUUUAUAGUGAUGCAGAAGCAGAAGGUAGGUAGAUACCUAUAAAUAGAUAUUAGUAUGUAUUUUGGUACACUUUCAAUUGGAAAUCCCAAACAUGUCUAGAAUUGCACCCUAAGCACAUGCAAGCAAAUAGCUGUAUAAAUAUAAGAUGUUCAAAUAAUUGAUGAACCCUUAUUGGCUAGGUUUCCUGUAAAAUGCUAAGAAAUGCAAAAGAAAAUAAUACCCAGGUAAAAUUGUGUUCUAUAAAUAAAAGCAAUAAUUUUCUGUUUACUCUCCCUUCUACUAUGCGUGAGUGCUUAGGUAAAUAAUUAUUAUGAACACCAGUAAAAUAAUAACUUCCUUCUGCAGUAUGAGAAAUUAUCAGUAUUUAUUUAGCAUUAGAACUGUGGGAAAGCAAAUGUUCUUAAAAUUCUAUUCUUGACAAGAUGAGGAGCUGUAUUUUUUUUAAAGGCAGAAUGGUAAUGCUAGGAUGAUUAAAAAAAGUAUGUAAUUAGCCAGUCCAUGCUCUCUUGGCAGUCUAUUUUUCAGGCAAUGUAUUUUAUUCAUCAUCUAUAGUUUAGUGAAAAUAAAAAUAUAAGAAUAGAUUUACUACAUACUAUUGUGUUCAUGCAGACCAAGGAGCAGAAAAUAAAUAUUAGAUUUUUUUUCCUCAAACAUAGGUAGUUUAUAUACUUCAAGAGAAUUAUAGCAACUGCUUCUUGGUUUGUGCUGAGCCACGCAUCAGACUUUUGAUACCUUGCCAGAAGGUGCUCAGAACCUCUUCUCGAGAGACGUUAAGAGCCAAGCAUCAGGAAAGUUCUUGUACAUACAGCGCUGUAUAUUACUCAUAAGAAGAAAGAGAAAAUUAAAACAUCCACAUCUUGUAUAUAGCUGUUGAUCAUGUUAUAAAUUUUAUUCUCUAUUAAGUCAAUUAAGACUGUAGUGAGUCAUGCAAAAGAUAUUCUUCUGAGAGAAUUUUCUUAUUUGCUAUUCCUGCAUCUCUUUCCCUGUCUCUAAAAAGUGACCAAUAAUCCAAGGCUUUUUUUAAAAUUCAGUAUUGUGUUUUGUUCUGUGAUAUAUACUGAUUCUGAAUUCACCCAAUACUUGCCUGUGUCAGAUUAUUUUUCUAGGUGAAAUGCAGCCCACCAGCAUAGUUGUAAAUGAAUGAUUAGUUAAAAAGAAAUUCUCAGAAUUCAUGAAAAAAAAAAAUUAUAUAUAAGAACACUGACACUGCAUGUUCUAAUUCUUAAUAAAAGUAUGUAUUAAGUACUUCAACCAUGUAACAGCAGAAUGUGUACCUCUUCACUGUUACAUACCAGUAUGCUCAGUAAGCUCACUUCUUAAAUGAUUGAGCUGUAGCCAGAGUUGAACAAUGAAUAUUCAUCUGUAGCUUAUUGGGUGUAGGUCUCAUUUCUGACAAGUUACUUAGUUUCUGAAGUAAAUUUGUUUCCAUAAAGUCUUGUACUGGUAAUUAAAUAAAACUUUAAAAGAAUUUAAA